UAAAGCGGGGCGGGGGGAGGGGAGGGGGCGCGGCCGCGCGCGAGGGGGCGUGUGAGGGGGAGCGGCGGGUAACGGCCGACAGCGGGCGAGGGCUGCCGCCACCGCCGCCGUGCGCCAGGGGCGUCCCGCAGCGCCGCAUGGAGCUGUCGGCCAUCGGGGAGCAGGUGUUUGCGGUGGAGAGCAUCCGCAAGAAGCGCGUGCGGAAGGGUAAAGUAGAAUACCUGGUGAAAUGGAAAGGAUGGCCCCCCAAAUACAGCACAUGGGAGCCAGAGGAUCAUAUCUUGGACCCUCGCCUGGUAGUGGCUUAUGAAGAAAAGGAAGAGAGAGACCGUGCAUCAGGGUACAGGAAAAGAGGCCCCAAACCAAAGCGUCUCCUACUGCAGCGGCUGUAUGGCAUGGACUUGAGGAGUGCCCACAAGGGAAAGGAGAAGCUCUGCUUCUCUCUUGCACGGAGGUUUGGAGGAGGAGACAGCAGCCUGCCAGGGGCCAAGCCAGGGCAGGCAGAGUUCUCAGAGAAGACUGGGGGAGUGGUCCUGCCAUUCUCUCUCCGAAAGCAGCGCAAAAACCAGAAGUACCUGCGACUGUCAAGGAAGAAGUUCCCCCGCAUCUCGAGCCUGGAGAGCCGAAACUGCAGGCGUGAGUUCUUCCUGAAUGAUGCAGUGGGCCUAGAGGCCAGGCAGGGCCCGGAGGACUGGGAGGCUAUGCAGCACACCAGCAAAGAAGCAGAUGUGGAUGGCAGUCUCCCUUGGAUUCCCACUGUGCCCCCCAGCGAAGUGACAGUGACAGACAUCACAGCAAACUCCAUUACCGUCACUUUCAGAGAAGCACAAGUGGCUGAGGGCUUCUUCCGAGACCGGAGCGCGCAGUUCUGAAUCUCCAUUUUCAGUGCUCCCCAAAACCAAUGCUUUGAGGGUGGGGCUAUAGGGAAGGGUUAUUUUAUCCCUUAAGAAAAAAACAAAUCCAAAAUAUCUCCUCUUAAAAUGUUUACACAGACCUUUUUUUUUCCCUCCCUUUUCCUUUUCUCCCUUUCAGAUACGCAAAAAAAGGCAGUGUAGGGGGUGUGUUUGUCAUUGGUUUGUCCAGCUGAAAACCUGACAGCCCUUUCCCUGGCAAAGACUACCCUCCUAGAUGUAAAAGGAGCAAGCUGAGCAAUUUGCCUUUUAUCCUGUCAAGUGGCGGCAGCUGCAUUUGUGGGGAGAGGGCAUGUGGAGGUGGAAAGAGAGAUCGGUCUCUGUCCUGUCAUCUUGCUCUGCAAUUGAUAGCCCUUGGAUAAAGAUUCUUCUCUGUGCAUUGCUCUUCCCACCUUCCUCCUCCCUCUCUUCCUGCAGCAGUGAGAGGCGAUGGAUCCUACCUGAGUAGAUAACUCCAGCCUGUUAAGAGUUUCUCUCCUGUGGCCUGCUGUUAGGACUUCAGAACCAUAUUUACCUGCCUGUGGUAAGUCAGUCCUUGCAGCAUGGGUCCAUACAGACUGCAGAGGUGUCUCCCUUUGAUUGUUGAUCAUGUGGAAAGACUGAAGUGCAUCUCUGCAAUCUAGAUUGGUGAUGUACGUUCAAUUUGAUCUCAUUAAAGGCUCAGAAGCCCAGCGCAGUUGAGACGUACUGUUCUGGAUAUGCUAAACAGGAUUUCCAGGCUCAGCUCUGCAGUGUGAGGAAUGCGUUAUGGAAAGUGGGGUGUUCUUACCUUCUGCCAAAUCCAGUAUUAAUAACAAAUGCUGCCCUGAAUGUGUGGCAAUAAGCUGGCUGAAAACUGACUCCUCUCCCCUGGGAGGAGGGGCUAAUAGGACAACCAAAGCAUUGCCUGGCACUGCAAAGAUAUAUGAGAUACUGGCACAGGCCCAGGACACAGGAGUUGGACAGGAUUGAGCUAGAAAUGGACCUUGAUUAGAAGAAAAUUCAGUUCUUGGGUCCCAUUGAGAGAUCCAAGGUAAACAACAUGUGGGGAAGGCAUGUAUUAGAUUUGAGGAGGAGAAAAAAUUCUUAGCAAUGAGAAUUCUUGGAUUGUACUGCCUGAGUAAUAUUCUUCCAUGGUUCCUGUCUCCUCACAGUAUCUGUAAUCCUGUACUGCUUUACUGAUAGGAACUUCUCCUUGGAAGGCUUAAAAAUCUUUGCCAAGGAAAGUGGUCUGCAUUUCAAUAGGCCCUGCCUGAUCUUGCACUUAAAAAUGUCUUGUGCUGGACUGCCUGUGACACUUGGAGGUGUGUGAAGAAUUGCUGUAUUUUGAGUUGGUAGUUUAGCAUAGCAUCUGUUCUUGCACAUGCAUGUUCUCUUCAAUUUUUUUGAAAGCAAAUUUUAUUUAAAUAACUUAGAUUUUUAAAUAUAGACCUUUUCCUAUGGAAAGAUAGAAAAGUAGGCUAGAAUGUAAGAUGGGAACUGCAGGACAGAGUGCUGAAAGGUAACAUUGGCUGCCUUCAUGAUUAGUGUCCUUUAAAUUCUUUGUUUUCUCUCCCUGCCCUUCCUGAAGCAUCUCUUACCUGCUGUAUUUAUUCUAAAUGAAGCUAUGAGCCUUCUGAGCUCUGAAGUAAAGACACCCAUGGAAAUCC